AACUGGUGAUCGUAGACUUGCAAUUGCAUCACAUUAGAUGAAAAUGUUGUUAUUUUCUGAUGCAAGUAGAAAAUACUGAUUUUGGUUCAUCAUGCUACGGUUCUUUGUGUGAACUUAUCACAUCUUUCUUUUCCUACCCGGCUAAUCAUUUUGUUUUGAGUAUGCUCAAUCAGACAAUUUGCAAUUAUGUGCCCUCAUCCUGCUUCGUUUUUUCUUCUUCUUCUUCUUUGAACUGAGAGAACUUAGGUGUACUCAGCUUAUUUCAUCAAGAACUGCUCUGUCCCUUUUCCGUGUAAUUGUGCCUUUCAGUUCUCGCUUUCUGAAUAUUUAGCUUCAAUACAAGUCAGCGCUUCGUGUUUGAAUGGAAAUUGAGAAGGGGUUUGGACUGAUCAUCAUAGCUUUUGUUACUCAUUUUGGGUGUCUUGUCUGAAUUGAUGCUUAAUCAAAUUUUGUUGUGUUUCUUUGUACUUUUCGUAGUUUCAGCAAAGUACAAGUACUCUGUUUAUUGGGAGAAUAAAAGGAUGAUUAACCUGUAGUUUGAUUCUUGUUCUAGUGGAAUCUGGUUGUAGAUUUGUUGUCAAGAGGGAAAGCAAUAUAAUGGCAGUGGACAAGGAUAAGCUUCAAGAGGAAGCAUCCGUUAUUCGUUUCUGUAAAAUAAUUCUAGGUUGGGACUUUAAACAGCUUAUGCAGGAAUACGAGGGAAAAGGCAGAAAGAAUUCUAAUGUAACGUUAAAGGAAGUAAAAGAUGGCAGAAAGGAUUCUAAUGUAACGUUAAAGGAAGUAAAAGAUACUUAUAAAGAUGCUGAUGAUUAUUUGGAGACUUUUGAACCACUUCUAUUUGAGGAAGUUAAAGCUCAAAUUGUCCAGAGAAAAGACAGUGAAGAAGCGCCAGAAUGGAAAAUGAGGUUGGUAAUGGAUUGUAGUGAGGCCGACGGAUUUCACUUUCCGAUGGUCACUUAUGAAGCUGACGAAGACGAGUCCAUUUCUCCUAAUGAUUUUUUACUGUUAUCGAAAUCGAAAGAGGAGGAUUCAUCCUACGCUUUUGCAUUAGUGGAACAUCGUCAAAGGAAUCUUCUUCGUCUGCGCAUGUAUUUAGCUGAAGAGAUGGUUCAGAUAACCAAAAAUAUCAAGUCCUCGAGAACAAAGCCAUUUAUCCAAGCCCUAUCAAAUAUGAGGGCUCUGAUCACCUCGUCUUCUAGUGCCGUAGAGAAAAGAUUAUUUAGUUUAAAGUUAUGUAGCUUAUCAACAAUUAUUCGGGAAUAUGUAGGACUACGGUCUGUCAGUUCGCUCCCAUUUAGGGAUUUAAUACUAACUACAGCAGAACAAUCUUGUGGCUACGGUGAUGAGUCGUGGAAAAUAUCAGAACCUCUGCAUGAAUUCUUUAAAGAAAAUCUUAAUAAAUCCCAGAAAGAAGCUAUUGAUGUUGGUCUCUCAAGAAAAUCAUUUGUUCUAAUACAGGGUCCUCCGGGUACUGGAAAAACUCAAACAAUUCUGAGUAUCCUCAGUGCCAUUCUCCAUGCGACUCCAGCAAGAGUCCAAUCUAAAGGUGCAGAGCGUGUAGUGAAUGGUGGACUUGAAAUGACUAAUGAAGAAAAAUGCAUUCACUGGAAACAAGCAUCUCCUUGGCUAUUUGGUGGUAACCCCAGAGAUGCUAUCAUGCCUGUUGAUGGUGAUGAUGGUUUUUUCCCAACCACAGGAAAUGAAUUGAAACCAGAGGUGGUUAAUGCAAGUCGCAAGUAUAGAUUACGUGUGCUUGUAUGCGCUCCAUCAAACUCUGCACUUGACGAGAUUGUGUUACGGCUUCUAACUACUGGUCUUCGUGAUGAAAACAUCCAGAAGUAUACACCCAAAAUCGUCCGAAUUGGUCUCAAGCCACAUCAUUCAGUCAUGUCAGUAUCGCUGGAUCACCUUGUUGCUCAAAAGCGUGGUUCAGCCAUUGAUAAACCGAAACAAGGAACCACAGGGACUGAUCUAGACAGCAUUCGAACUGCAAUUUUGGACGAGGCUGCAAUUGUGUUCUCUACCCUUAGCUUCAGUGGCUCUGCACUUCUCACCCGAUCGACCCGUGGUUUCGAUGUUGUUAUAAUAGAUGAAGCUGCUCAAGCUGUUGAACCAGCAACUCUUGUUCCUUUGGCAACUGGAUGCAAGCAAGUAUUUCUGGUAGGAGAUCCUGUUCAACUUCCAGCUACUGUGAUCUCUCCUAUUGCUAAGGAAUUCGGCUAUGGUACAAGCUUGUUCAAGAGACUUCAAAGGGCUGGUCAUCCUGUAAAAAUGUUGAGGACCCAAUACCGGAUGCAUCCAGAGAUAAGAAGCUUCCCUUCCAAAGAGUUCUAUGAUGAGGCAUUGGAAGAUGGGUCUGACAUUGAAGCUCAGACAAAUCGUGAAUGGCAUAAAUACCGUUGUUUCGGUCCAUUCUGCUUUUUCGAUAUCCAUGAAGGGAAAGAGUCUCAGCCACCAGGAGGAACCAGAUCUUGGAUAAACUUUGACGAGGUUGAGUUCGUUCUCCUCAUCUACCACAAACUUGUGUCAAUGUACCCGGAGCUUAAGUCAAGUUCUCAGCUAGCUAUCAUAUCUCCCUAUAGCUACCAAGUUAAAACUUUCAAAGAUCGGUUCAAGGAUAUGUUUGGCAUUGAGUCAGCAAAAGUGGUCGAUAUAAACACGGUUGAUGGUUUCCAGGGAAGGGAGAAGGAUGUUGCGAUAUUUUCGUGUGUGAGAGCUAAUGAGAGAGGAGAGAUAGGUUUCGUCUCUGAUUUCAGGCGGAUGAAUGUCGGUAUUACACGAGCUAAGUCUUCUGUAUUGGUGGUAGGUUCAGCUGCAACAUUGAGGAAUGAUGAACACUGGAAAAACCUCAUUCAAAGUGCUGAGCAUAGAAAUCAAUUGUUCAAGGUAUCGAAGCCGUUCCACGCGUUUUUCAGCGACGAGAAUCUGAACAGCAUGAGAAUCGUCGAGAAAGAUGUAGAGAUUCCCGAUGCAUCGGCUUUCGAAGACGAGACAGUCCCAGUUCCAGUUCCCGUGUUCGGCGGUGGAGACGCUGAACAAGAGCAACCUGACGAAGACAACUACGGAGAUGGCUAUGCACAAGAUCACGACGACGUGGACUAGGACACAAACAACAUCGGCCUUUACGUUUUGGUCGCGGUUCUUCCGGUCGGUACGGACAAUUCUUGGCUCCUUUAGUCCUAACGUUGCAUGGUUGACUUCUAUUGAGAACAGUUUUGUUAUUUUUUUUAAUUAUUUUU